CAGUCGCAAUAGUCAAGUCAAUUUGCUGUGCUGUACUUCAGUCAAUUUUGAAUUUUGUUCAGAGACAAUGCAAGUAAGCAACGUCCCCAUAGCGCUACUCGUAUCAGGCAUAGUUUAGUGAUAAUUGGAAUCAAUCGGAAAAAACAAUAAAAUUUAUUUACAAUGCCAAAACAUAGCGAAGUUCAUGACAUUGAAAAACUUAUAGUUAUGGUUAAAAAUCGUCCAGCCAUUUAUGAUCAUUCGUAUCCAGAGCAUAAAAACAAGGAACACACAGAAAUGUUAUGGAAACAAAUUUCUGAUGAAUUAAAUAUGUCGGUUAAACUAUGUAAAUCCAAAUGGUUGGCUUUAAGAAACUCAUUUUCCCGAGAAAUACGAAACGAGAAAGAAUCGAGUUGUCAUCCAACUCUCAUAAAGAGAAAAAGAAGAAAAUGGUAUCUAGCUGAGGACAUGGCCUUUCUGCGGGACUAUUUGAACUAUGGACUAGUCAAACGUAAUUCUAUCAACGAUGGACAGAUUGAGAUCGAAGAUGACGAUAAUUAUGGCGAUGAUGAUAGUAACUCAAACGAUGAAACUUGCUCAUCUCUGCCAAAUGUUGAAAAACCCGAAAUGAAGUAUUCUCCAAAGACUCCUCCGCCGGGAAUGGAUGAAAAUGAUAUUAAAUUACAUUCAAUUUCAUCACAAGACGGUAUUUUUGAAACAGCCCAUCAAACUCCUUCACGUGUACCAUCAACCACAUCAAAACAACCACCAAAACCACAACAACAAUCUCAUCAGGAUCUGACUGCAGAAAAUCCAAUCGAAGAUCCUUUUAAGGAAUACACGUAUCCUAAGAGGAGAAGACGUUGUGAGGAAGAACUGAACGAACUUCGAGAACAAAAUAUGUCAUUUUUCAAAAGUAUUCUGCCUGAUAUUUUGAAAUUGACCGAAAGAAGACAACGUUUGUUUAAACAGGAGGUGUUAUCAGUACUAAAUAAUUCACUGGAUGAACAAGAUAUGGGAUCUUAAGAAUGUUAGAAACUGAUUAUUAUUAUUUCUUUUAUAUCUUAUAAUUUAUUUUAAAUAAACGUAUUAACUAACUAAAUACAUAUAGAAA